CUACCAAAUAUCUCUCUCUCUCUCUCUCUCUCUCUCUCUCUCUCUCUCUCUCUCUCUCAUACGGUUUUUCUCUGUCUAGAAUCAAAUUGUGGUUCCUUAAAGAGAAAGACCCUUUGGGACGAAAUACGAGAAAAACCCAAAAUCUUUCAUUCUUCUUCUCUUUCGCAAUCUUCACAGAGCAAUUUAUGGAUAACAGGUGCAGAUCUGAUUCACAACAACUUGCUGUCGUCGCAAAACUCUUCCACCAACAACAACUCUUUGCUUCUGUGUUUCCAUCUCUUUUUCAGCCCUUGGAUAGAUCAAUUCCUCGGUUUCGGUUUAUACGUUUUCGCCUUCCCAAGUAGCAUUCCAACUACCUUCUUUCUCCUCUUAUAUAUUUUCUGCAACAAAAAAGGUAUUCAGAUUGUGGCUUCCCUAGUUCUUGUUCUGUAUAUGCUGCACAAGUCUUCAGACAGAGAGAUAAAGUGAUUUGUGCUCAAAUUAUGGUGUAUGGAACAAGAUGACUGUUUCGGCCGGAACCUCCCUUAAAAAAAUGUCGUGGGGCAGGGGUAGCCAACCUUCUGGUUGGACAGCUUUUGAUCUCAAGCAAAGAAAUAAGAACAAUAUUGAAUCUGCAGCUGACAAUGACCCUUUCCCACCUAUAGGCUCAUCUGGUUCUAUGCGACAUGGUGAUAAGUUAGUCAAGAAGAAACAUGUUCCGUUGAAGCCUUUCUCUUCAGUACUUAUACCCGAUGAAAAUUUCCCUCCUUUGAAAGAGGGUGCAAAUUGCCAAAAGGCAGUGUUAGGUUCUGAUUCUGGUGAAAAAUCUUGUGGGGCUACUGCCCGGGAAGAUGUCAAUUUAGCUACCAAAAAGCUUAAAGAGCUGCAUCCUUGGGCUGAAAAUAGCUUGAUAGAGGAUAUCUUGGAUGCUGUUGAUAAUAAUGUUGAUAAGGCCAUGGCUUUAUUGGAAACAAUGGUCUUUGCAGCCGAUUUUGAAGAAUGUAAAGUAUCAAGCGAUCCAAGGCCAACUAUUUCAGAUAAAGUGGAGACCGUUGAAAGUCUUACUUUAGAUAUGGUCAAAGAUGACAUUCUUUUCCAUUCUAAUAUUGUCGGUCACCUCCAAUAUAACGAUAAAGACUCAGAGAAUAGAAAUGCUUCCUCAUUUCAGAAGUUUCCUGAUGUCAAUAACCUAAAAUGCAAAAUGGACCUCUUGAAUUUUGUUCCAGUCGAACCCGAAUGGGAGGACGAUGAUAUUUACAAUAGCCAUCGAAAGGAUGCAUUGAAGACAAUGAGGUCAGCAUCACGACAUUCUAAAGCAGCCGCUAACGCUUUUCUAAAAGGUGAACACUUUUCUGCCCAACAACACUCAAUGAGAGCUAAGGAGGAAUGGCAUAAUGCAGACAAACUUAAUUCUGAGGCAGCCACAAAAAUUCUAAGUAUUCGGAAUAGUGAUAAUGAUAUUGGGAGACUGGAUUUGCACGGUCUUCACGCAGCUGAAGCUGUUCAAGCAUUGCAAAAACACCUCCAUAGAAUCGAAAGUCAGGGCUUCUCAAAGAGCUCAGCCCCUUCAAAUGGUAUGAAGAAGAAUGCCCAUGCACAUUCAACUCUUGGGUCUCUUAACAUCAUGGACCGAGAAAAUUUGGAUAAGCAAGCACCAAUAAGGCUUAGAUCGUUGGCUCUACACGUCAUAACAGGUGUUGGCAAUCACAGCCGAGGACAAGCUGCUCUUCCUACAGCAGUAAGAAGUUUCCUCAGUGAAAACAGAUACCGUUUUGAGGAGAUGAGGCCAGGAGUGAUCACAGUGUGGCCCAAGUUUCGUAAUGAAUAACAUGUUCUGUUACCAUUUCUUGUGGGUUUGUAGAUUCUGCUUUGGAACCAGAGAUAUUUAUCUUAUGUCACUCAUGUAAUCUACAUUUUGUCCUUAAACUCUUGUAAUUUUCCAUAGGUCAACCUUGAAUUUAAUUUUUUAACCUAGGGUAUCUAGCUUCUUACUCUCUCCAACCUUAAUAUAAGCACAAGUGGAUCAAAGAAAAUUGAUGCAUUUGGUCUAAAUAUAGACAGGAA